AAAAAACAACAAAAUAAACGCUUCAAAAUGGUGUUCUGUUAUUUAAUAAGUGGUCUUUUAGCAUUUGUUUUAUUAAUUUAUGUCUCACUAGAAUUUCAUUAUUUUCUACGAAUGGCAAUAUGUGUGAUAUUGGCCAAGUUUUUCAAACGAAAAGUACAUAUUUUACAAGAAACUAAAAUUAAAGGAAUAUGUUUGACCACGGAUAUUGAUACACUGCUGUAUCAUAUGAAUAAUGCAAGAUAUUUACGUGAAAUCGAUUUUGCUCGUGUAGAUUUUUAUGAACGAACUAAAUUAUAUCAAACAAUACGUUCAAAAGGUGGAGCAAUAGUACAAGGUGCUUGUACAAUACGUUAUCGAAGAUUUAUUCGACCAUUUACCACGUAUGAUCUUACAACAAAAUUAAUUUAUUGGGAUGAUAAAUCAUUUUACUUUGAGCAUCGUUUUAUAAGUAAUGAUUUUGUGCGUGCAAUUGCAAUAUGCCGUCAACGUCUAAUCAAUUGCAACACCGAUGAUAUUAUGGCAUAUUUAAUGUCAACAGAUGGUAUGCCAAAAGGUGUAGAUAUAGAAGCAACAGUGCGUACAACUAAACCAGAAAUGCCAUUAGAAGUCAUGAAAUGGAAUGAAAGUAAUGAAAUUUCAUCAGCAAAUUUACGUAAUGGUUGCUGACCCAACGCCAACAAUAGUUCUACUAAUCACCACAAUUCUAGUCAAUUAGAUGCCAAUGGUGUUAUAAUCGUCAGCAGUACUUCAACAUCAGCAACAGAUGAGACAGAAAUGAAAAAAAUUAAAGAAGCUGACUUUGAAGAAGUGCAAUUGUAAUUUACUUUAAAUCGUUUUUCAUAUGAACAAAAAAAAAAUGAUGAAAUUACUAUUUUAUUAAAUUUUAGAAAAUAUGUUUUAUUGUAAAAGAUUUAUGUCACAAAUAUACCUACGUAUGUACUUAAAAUUUUAAAAAACAGUUCGGCCGAAUAAUUAAUUCAAUUUUGGAACGAAUAAUGAUACUAAAAUUUCAAAAAGUUAUAGAAAAUGAGAUUCAGGUUAGAUCAAGUUCCACAUUGGAUUGUAUCAAGCGUUUUUACGCUUCUACCUCGAAACAUGAGCUUCUACUAUCGAAAAAAACAUGAGCAAAAGGGUUAUAAGUGACUUAAAGGUUAAAAUAAGGGCGUUAUUUUUUUCCACAUUUUUUUCGUUUUUGCUAUUCGAAAGUAUGAAGGUUGAUACCGUGUUAGUUGGCCAAAAAAAUGUUUACGAAGAUCUAUGAAUGGCCAGAAUCUUGUCUUACUUGGCACCUAGUAUUACAAUUGGCCAUUUCAUACGUUUGAUUGGCAGAAAAUUAGAUUGUUUCCUCAAAUUAAAAUUAAGUAAAAAUUAAUCCGCUCUAAUUAAAAUUAAGUAAAAUUGAAUGGUAUUCACUCGGAAGGUUCAGUCUUGUUUAAAACCAUUUAACUUCUAAAUCGAUCUUUCUAUGAAAUAUUAGUGACUGAUAAUCGAUUGCUCUGAUUUGAUGAGAACAGAUUUGCAUGUGGAAGGGACUACAGCCAGAAAAAAUUUUUAUUUUGAGUUUAAUUUGGAAUUUUAAUAUCGAAAAAUUUCCUCUUUGAAAUUUCAAAAAUGCUUCAGUCAACAUAAAUUAAUUUAUUUUCCAAUGAUAUGAUAUAUACAAUUUUGUUUGGUCUUUAAUACGACUGAAUUUGUAAAAGUAACGUUUUUGCAAAAAUUUUAUAAAUACUUCAUAAAAAAAAUUGUUAAUUAUAAGAUUCAUUAUAUUUUCCAAAAUAUUAAAAUUAUGACUCGCCAAAAGAAAACAUACCUUCCUCUUUUUAAAGAUCAUUUAUUAUAAUAAACUCGGUAGGCUAAUGAAUUUUUCAAAUUAAUAAUUUAUGGUUUAAUUUUUUUAAUAAGAUAUUUACAAAUUUGAUAUUUCCUUUAUCAAAAUUUGUCUACCAGCGACCAAACGAUGGCAAAAUUUUCUAUUAAUGGGUCAUAGUUUUAUAUUAAACGGGACCAAAGUUUUAGUUUAAAAA